AUGGAGGAGUCCAUCUUGGCACUGAAUUCUCUUAGCCUGGUUGAGAGAGCUGACACUUAUGAAGCUGAAGUAGAGGAUGAGUGGGAUACGGAUACUGAAGUAGAGGAAAAGAGUGUUGUGAAAGACAUGUCCACAGCUGAGGUGUACCUUCAAGCAUGUAAACUGAUAGGUGUUGUUCCUGUCAGCUACUUCCUGAGAAACCUUGGCUGUGUCACCAUUAACCUCAACCACCACGGCCUUGGCCCAUUAGGGGGAAAAGCUCUAGCUAUUGCUCUUGUGACUGACACGCACACAACAACGCUUGGAUUGGCUGAUAAUUUUCUCCUGGCCGAGGGAGCAAGAUAUAUUGUGCAGAUGCUGAAAGCCAAUUUUACUAUUCAGAAUUUGGAUCUCUCUGAUAAUCACCUUCAAUCUGCAGGAGCUGAACAUGUCACAAAGAUGCUGUUGGAAAACGUGUCCAUCAAAUCAAUCAGGCUUUCUGGAAAUGAAUUCUCAGAGGAUGAUGCCAAAUGGUUUGCAGAAGCUUUUACAACCAACUACAGAGUGAAAGAGUUAGACCUGAGUAACAAUAAAUUCUGUGGAAGAGCGGGUGAAUACUUCGGCCAAAUGCUAGCUAAUAAUGAGGGUGUGGAAGUCCUUAAUCUGAGUUGGAAUCACCUGCGAAUGAAGGGUGCUGUGGCUUUCUGUGCUGGCCUUAAAGUUAAUGUGUUUUUAAAACACUUAGACCUCUCCUGGAACGGCUUUGGCAAUGAAGGUGCUCUGGCUUUGGGUGAAGCUCUUAAAUUCAACAACACAUUAGUGUACCUUGACCUCAGUAACAACCGCAUCAACGAUGAAGGAGUAGGAAUGCUUUGCAGAGGCCUUGAGACCAACGACACACUCAGAACACUGAAGCUGGCUUAUAAUUCUGUAACAGUAGAAGGGGCCUUGGCUUUGAUACGUGUCAUAAAGAACUCUCUGAAAACAGCUCUCGAGGAGAUCAACAUAUGUAAUGUGCUGGUGAAUGAAAUAUUUGUACAGCUGCUGGAGUUGACAUGUCAAGAACACCUUGGUUUAGAGGUGCAUUAUGGUGGCGUUGGAGGAUUUCUUGCCAAAAAGCCUCCGAAGAGGCUAGACCCGAUGAAAGUCAUUCAGGAUUAUCUUGAUCAGCGCAAGCUUCGCCUGUGGGAUUUCUUCCGCAACAUUGAUAAAGAUGGGACAAUGCAUGUUCCUGUCUCAGAAUUCAGAAAGGCUGUGCAGCAAUCUAACAUUCCACUGGAUCGCAUCCAGCUUGAACAGCUCAUCCAAAAACUAGACCGGGAAGGAACAGGCAUGGUAGAUUAUAGAGGCUUGGCAGACACAAGAAAGCAGAUGAUGCGGGACCACCGGCGCCAGCUGCGCAAAGUAGAGUCCCGGCAGAAGAAGGAGAAGCAGAAAAGUGAUCGCAUCCUAAAGACCUUUCAGUCCGCUGUCGAGGCAGUUACUCCUCGUACCUCCAUAGUCAUGUCACCAGGAGGGAUUAAAGACAAUUCCAGCAGCGGCCCACAGCGCUUCUCAGCCACCCCCCUUAGUUCCUGGCACCACAUCAUAAUUUCCAACAGCAGUCAUUACUCCGUCACCAACAUGAGCAGCGGGCAAGUUCAAUUUCCUUUAAUAGGGAAUUGUGCAUCCUCCAGGCCCCUGAGUUCCCCAGCCAUGCGCUCUUACUCACAACCUAACUUAAUCAUCAAUCACAGCUCUCUGCCUUCUCUAACCAAACCUGCAUCAGCCCAGGGCAUGAACACUAUAUCCAAUCCAACUGAAACAACCAACAAACUUAGUCCCACUGACAACAACCUGACCAGAUCAAGACCGGCAUUACACCCUGAGCAACUCACUGUAAAAGUUUCCAAUAGGAAGAAAAAGAAAAGUAAAAAAAAAUAAAAAGCUGAGAAGUUAUUUACGCAACAGAAUGUAAUGUGAAUGUUACAUUUAGAAAGAUAUAGUGAGAUUAAUAUACAAAUGCAUGUAUUUUUCUGAAUCUUGCCUGUAUAGCUGUAUCAAGAUAUGUAAUAGUGUAAUAAGUGACACAAAUGUACAAUGCUAUAUAGAUAUAAUUGUGUACAAGUAUAAAUUAUGACAUUAAAUAAACUUUUCUUCA